AUGCAACUCUCCACCAUCACAGCCCUUUUCUUCGCCGUCGCUGGCGUCCAAACCGCCGGUUUCGCCAGCAGCUGCGGCAGGACCAAGCUUGAGGGUCUCACCCAUAUGGGAUGCGGCGCUGGAGGUAUUUCCGGGUGCGGAUGCUCCAUGCAAGGCCAGCAGGCCAUGAUAUGUGACUGCCCAGACGAUAAGAAGGACAACGUUACGCAAACAGUCGACUUGGACGCUUGCAUAAGCAACAACGACGGGAGCCUCGCCUGCUAA